AUGCAAAACACCUUUGUUUCAUUACUCAUCGAAUCAAGACAAGGUCUCACUGAAACUUUUAACAAUGCUUCUGUUCAUCCUUGUGUUUUUACGGCACUUCUCUUCUGGAACGAGCUCGAAAGUACUCCAUUAUUCUCGGAAGAUGACUUGACGUUGAGUCUUGUGCCAGGAACAAGGGACGAAGAGGUUUAUAUGCAUUGGCAUGACCAUCUUCUAUGGUUAAAUUCAAAGCAAACAACAAAUCAUGUUUUACGAACAUUUUCACAGUAUCUUAUCUUAUUUGUUCUUCGAAAUCACUACAAUGUCUGGUUCUGAGUCCACAACUUCUAUUAGGGAGGAACUUCAACAAUACAUUUCUCCCUUCGCCAGAAUUGGAACAACUAGUUCUAGUAAUAUUCUAGGAGAUCUGGCUAUCACCCUCAGGCGAUCCAAUAAUGUUUACCCCAUAUCCUUCCGCCAAAGACAAUCCCCCUACAAAGGCAAAUUCAACUACCGCAACGCAGUCGACCACGCCACAAAAUUUAUCUUUCAACAUAGCUCCGGCCAAAAUCUCACAUAUGGAAUGGUAGAAAGGGCGGUAUCGUCCUUCAUCACACAGUCCUUGCAAGACUAUGAAAAAAAGAAGUCGCUGGAAGCCCGACUCAAGUCCAGUUCAAGGUCAAACUUCAAACCAGAUGCAUGCCACAUGGUCAUCCGCAUCCACAAAGGAUCACAGAUCACUGACAGACUGGAAAACCACCACUGGCAUGUGGAUAAUCUCUACAAGCCUGAAAGCCCAGGAGACGUCAAUAGCCUCUAUGCCGUUACCUUUCUCGGGAAACCCACACUUGUCCUCAAACCACAGUCAACUUUACCGCCAUCCCUUCAAAAGUCAAAAGGAAGCCAGAAGGGUCUCCACAGGACUCCAAACAUUUUCCGAAAGUCGACAGCUCAAUGA